AUGAGAUCAAAGGCCGGAAGCUUACAAUGCCCUUUAGCCAUCUGCGUUGGAGAUGUAUCAGAUAUUGAGAGAGUUGCUACCACAAAUCACAUACCUCACGGUUUACUCCACUCGCUCUUGCCUGGUCCAGUCACUCUUGUCCUUCAACGAGGUGAGUCAAGCAUUCUUGAAAGAUCAUUAAAACCUGGGAUUGAUACCAUUGGAGUAAGGGUUCCAGAUUGUGAUGAAGUAUCCAGAGGUUUGGGCAGUGUAUUGGCUCUUACAAUUGCUAAUCUAAAAGGUGAUAGAAGCAGCGUUUGCGUGAAUGAUUUUGAAAGUCUUUGGCAAUAUUGUGCUUAUGUCUAUGAUGGUGGUUUGGUUCCAUCAGGGCGUCAAGGACCAACAAUAGUUGAUUUGAGUAAAGUAGGAAAGUAA